GCCAGACACCACGAUGGCAAUUGACAAGCCAACUGUGGAUAUUACGACCGUGUCACAAGAAAUUCCUUCUACAAGCAUUGGCGAAACAACCACGACUCUGGAAACGACAACUAAAUCGACACCAGCGACUACCAUCUCGGAUUCGCCAACUUCAACUACAACAACAACAACAACAACCUCAGAUGCUUCAACAUCAACAACAACAAUUUUACUGUCAGAUUCUCCGACAACAGUAACAACAACUACAACAUCAAGUACUUCAACAUCAACCACCACUACAACGCCAACUACCUCAACAACUACGAUACCGACCACAACAACCACCACUACAACAACCACCCCAAAGCCUUUAUGCUUGGACUACUCGUGUGUCACACAGCCCUCGUUACUUGAUGCUAGCAAUUACAUAAACACCUCAGUUGGUGCUCCUAUAGGUGGAGUUUUAAAAAUCGCUUGCGACAAAAUGUAUUUCUUCAGUGACGCUGCGGCAGAUUGGCCGGGAGCAGCUUCACAAUGCUGCGCGCGGAAUAUGAAGCUCGUGAGCUUCGAAACCGCAGCUGAUUAUUUGUGCUUCUCGAAAAUGCUUCAGGUUCCAAACUACGGAUUGGGGGGCGCCUGGUGGACAUCUGGAAGCAACAUAUUUAGCGGAUUCUACCUUUGGUGCACUGGUGACCUGGCGAGUAACGUCACCUCCGACAUCAAAUUUGUGUCCGGCGAGCCCAACAACGCUGGAGGAAAUGAAAACUGCAUUGAAAUGGUCGUGGGAGGAGGCACUCCUCCGAAUAACCUUCUGAUGAACGAUCGGCCCUGCACCGCCUACACAACCAGAUACGUUUGCGAAACGACUGCCCUGGGAUGUCCGUUCCCUCAAUGUCCGGCUCUGCCGUGUCAGACAGAGGCUGCGAAGGUCACCGCUUCGCAAAACUGGAAGGGCAACUCUGACGGCGUGUUCAGGCCAGCUUGCGGGCACCAGUACUUUUUUUCCAAGGUGGGCAUGACCUGGGCCGACGCCAUGACCGAAUGCUGCAAGUACGGAAUGAAAUUGAUGAGCAUCAACUCAUUUGAAGAUAUAUCGUGCUUGACGGCCAUGAACAAGGUCCUGUUGAAGGACACUUCAAGUUUUUACUGGACGUCAGGCACCAGCAAUGGAUUCGGCUGCGAAUUCACUUACGGAUUUUGCGGCUCGAUGAAACUGCUUUACCAAAAUUUUUCAAAUUGGUGGCCAGGAAUGCCUGACCUUCUGAUAUUAGAGCGGUGCUUGGAGAUGAGGAUGGCGUUGGACCCGACACAGGUUAUUAUCAACGACCUGACAUGCACUAGUCCUCGAUACUUCAUCUGUGAGGCUGAACAAAAGGCAUGCUCUCCUACUUGUCCAAGCAAAUCCACGUGUGUCAAGCAGAAUAAUCUCUUCAACUCGAAAGGAGAACUGCUGAAUGCCUUUAAUUUCGGACGUUGGGCGACUGGAAGUUCAAAAACAUAUCUUUUCGCAACCAUGGCCGGAGUGACUUGGGCCGCUGCCAACACCGCGUGCUGCAAUUUGGGAAUGGACUUCCUGUCUAUCGCGAGUGACCAGGAAAUGCAGGACAUCUUCAAUUUAAACAAUAAUGACCCCCUUCUGCGGUACAACGCCGAGUUUUGGACGAGCGGCACACAGCUCGAUUGCAAUUUCCAUUACACUUAUUGCUCAACGGGCGUUAACUUUUACUGGAAUGACACCAAAUGGCUUUCUGGAGAACCAGACAAUUUAAACGAGCAGCAGUGGUGCGUCUUUUCUCGAUUCGGAACGGCCUCGACUUACAGCAAGAGUGCAGCCUAUCUCGCCGACGCUCCUUGCACCGAAUCACGCAAUUACAUUUGUCAGAUGCCUGCUCUACCGUGCACGUCGGUUCCCUGCUACGACAACAACUGCAUUGUCGAUCCUGCAAAAUCUGCUCAAGUGACAGCAAUGUCUGGACCUGAUGGUCAGUUCAAAACGUUUUGCAACAAAAUGUAUUUCCUGCACAAAGAUUCGAUGUCUUUCCAAAAUGCGUACGACACUUGCUGCUCGUUCGGAUUGAAGCUACUGUCGGUCGAGACGGACGCAGAACGCGUUUGCCUUCAUGACGGAUUUAAUUCUGCCGGCUGGCCAAGCGGCUCCAUUUGGACGUCAGGCACCGACGUCGGUAUCGGCUGCGUCAACAAAUAUGGCUGGUGUCCGGACGGUCAGUUUCUCAACAGCAACUCCCACUGGUGCGCAGGGGAGCCCAGCUCACCCUACGUUGAAAACUGUGUCGAUUUGGUCAUUAAAGGAGGAGAUUCGUCGAGCACUUGCUUCAAUGACAACACCUGUUCUAAAACCUUCCGCUUCGUUUGCGAAGCAUAAUUAUUAUGAAACUUAUUUGCUUUAUUGAAAAUAAAAACAA